CGUGUUUGUGGUGCUGGGAAAGAGCGAGAGCUCUGACAGCUUUGCCGCAGAAAUAGCGUCGCUUGUCUUUCCUGUCUCGCCCAACACGAAUAUGAUUGGAAAUAUCCAACCGGGCUAUUGGUAAUCAGACUGAAAUCAUUGGCAAAGGGGUUGGCAGGAUAGACCCGACACUGACAGCACUGUGUAGAAGGGUUUUCUGUAGCUCCCACUGGCUGAAACGCCUCAAGGUUUGGUCAGUUCAUACAUUGAUGACGGAGGCCUCUCCCUUCCCUGUCUCUGAACUGGGGAACACACACACACACAAAAAAAAACAACAAAAAAAAAAACAGCAGCAUCAUCUUUGAAGUUACUUUUUCUUUUUUCAGUUUUUCGUGAGCUGGUAUUAGCGCAGCUGUAGCUCUGGUGCCAGGGCAUCUAAGCUUUGGUAUUUCAGCCUUUGCUUACUGUACUAAAUGGCGUCAGACACUAGUGACACAGAAGAAUUCUAUGAUGCUGCUGAAGAUGUCAGUCUGGUUUCCUCUCCUACUGUGUCGCCGGCAAAGUUGGCCCUUCCCUCAGUAAAGGAACCCCCAGCAGCGAGCAGUGCUCAGGAUGCAGGACAGGUGUCUGCGGUGCAGGAACUGAACCCAGAGGAUCCCAUUGAGAUUAUUGACAGCAUUAUUGAGGAAAGCCAGAAGGAGAUUGAUCCGGAAAACGCACUUCUGACAGCAAUUCAGAAAGAACCUGUCGAUCAGAUUCCAGGACCUUCAUUAGUGGCAGCAGAGCUACUGCACAAGCUCCCUGAACCGCUAGCGACAGAAAAGCAAAGGCGUGAAAGGAGCGAGGACUCUGUAGAACAGAACAUCUUGGGUGACCAGACAGAGAAGCAGGGCCAGGGUGUUCCCCAGACCUCUGCCAAGGCUCCGGAUGCGAUCAGGUCACUGGAUCUCACCAGUGCAUUUGUGAAGGAGGUCACUGAGAACUCGAGCGUGCCUGUGCAACAGGGAACAACAGAGGAGUCAAAGGAACAAAAGAAAGCUGACAUUUUAGAACAUGUGACGGUGGAUGAUUUUGAAGACACAUCACCACCUGCCAAACCCCCACGCCAGUUAACAUUGGAGCCUGAUAUUGUAGCUAGCACCAAGAGGCCCGGCCCAGUGAGACCCCCCCCUCCAGCAGGGGUCGCCCCACCAAGACCCCCUCCGCCUGCUCGACCUGCCCCUCCCCCACGUAAAAAAAAGAGUGACCUCGAAGUGGAGUCCCAGCGGCCGUCUACACUGGAAGUGCCAUCAGACACAGUUAAAUCCAUUGGUCUUGUGUCUCCCAACACUGCCGUUGAAUGUAUCACCAAAGAUCUGCAGCAUUCUUUGGAUCUGGCCAGCGCAACCAGUGGGGACAAAGUGGUCACAGCUCAGGAGAAUGGCAAGGCAGCUGAUGGACAGUCCUCCACCACCGAUGGGAGUGCAGCUUCAGGACCACAAAGACCCAGAUCCAACUCUGGACGUGAGCUCACUGACGAGGAAAUUUUGGCAAGUGUGAUGAUCAAAAACCUGGACACCGGGGAAGAGAUCCCGCUCAGCUUAGCAGAAGAAAAGCUGCCCACAGGAAUCAAUCCGCUGACAUUGCACAUCAUGAGGAGAACAAAGGAAUAUGUGACUAACGAUGCAGCACAGUCAGAUGAUGAAGAUAAGUCACAGUCAGCUGACACUGAUGGGGGAAAACUAAAACAGAAAACUACACAGUUUAAGAAGUUUUUGGGUAAAUCUGUGAAGAGGGCCAAACAUCUUGCUGAAGAGUAUGGUGAAAAGGCUGUUAACAAGGUGAAAAGUGUCCGAGAUGAAGUGUUCCACACUGAUCAGGAUGACCCCUCCUCGAGUGAUGAUGAGGGAAUGCCAUACACAAGGCCUGUCAAGUUCAAGGCAGCUCAUGGCUUUAAAGGGCCUUUUGACUUUGACCAAAUAAAAGUUGUUCAGGAUUUAACAGGAGAACACAUGGGCGCUGUGUGGACCAUGAAAUUCUCUCACUGUGGAAGAUUACUGGCGACUGCUGGGCAAGACAAAGUAGUCCGAAUAUGGGUUCUGAAAAAUGCCUUUGACUAUUUCAGCAACAUGAGAAUGAAAUACAACACUGAAGGUCGUGUGUCUCCUUCACCUUCUCAAGAAAGUCUGAAUUCUUCAAAGUCCGAGACAGACACUGGAGUGAAUAAUGUUCCUGAAGAUCCAGAUCUUGAUGAUAAAAGCAUUCCUUUCCGACAACAGCCAUUUUGCAAGUACAAAGGCCACACUGCAGAUCUGCUUGACCUCUCCUGGUCUAAGAACUACUUUUUGCUUUCUUCGUCCAUGGACAAGACUGUGAGAUUGUGGCACAUAUCCCGGAGGGAGUGUUUAUGCUGCUUUCAGCAUAUUGACUUCGUCACUGCAAUUGCUUUCCAUCCCAGGGAUGACAGGUAUUUCUUAAGUGGGUCCCUGGAUGGCAAACUGCGUCUGUGGAACAUUCCUGACAAGAAAGUGGCACUCUGGAAUGAAGUGGACGGCCAGACAAGGUUGAUAACAGCUGCUAACUUCUGUCAGAAUGGGAAGUAUGCUGUUAUUGGCACUUACGAUGGGAGAUGCAUCUUCUAUGACACAGAGCAUUUAAAAUACCACACGCAGAUACAUGUACGGUCCACCAGGGGCAGAAACCGAGUGGGGAGAAAAAUCACUGGCAUUGAACCACUGCCUGGAGAGAACAAGAUUUUAGUCACCUCAAAUGACUCAAGAAUCCGACUGUACGAUCUGAGAGACUUGUCUCUGUCUAUGAAAUACAAGGGUUACGUCAACAGCAGCAGUCAAAUUAAAGCCAGUUUCAGUCACGAUUACUCCUACAUAAUUAGUGGGUCUGAAGAUAGGUAUGUGUACAUCUGGAGCACAUACCAUGAUCUGAGCAAGUUCACUUCAGUCAGGAGAGAUCGCAAUGACUUUUGGGAGGGAAUUAAAGCCCACAACGCAGUGGUAACGUCCGCUAUCUUUGCACCGAACCCCAGUCUGAUUAUGUCUGCAGAGCCUGCUGUAGACAAACCUGAGGAGGAGGGCAAGAGCCCUGACGCCCCCAGAGAAGAGAGCCUCCCUUCAGGAGCCUUGAAGACUGAUCACACUGAAGUACUUUUAUCUGCGGAUUUCACGGGUGCAAUAAAAGUGUUUGUCAACAGAAAAAAGAAAGAGUGAAGCGGAAUAGAAUAGAGUACAUGAGGCUCAUCUUUUCCACAGUUUCUCUUUGUUGAAGCCUACUGUACGUUUACCAUUGGUGGAUCCAUGUGAUGUAUAAAAACAGGUGUUAAGUUUACUAAUUAAGACUGGUGGUUAAGAAAAAUGGUUAAGGGAGAUUAUAUUUCUACAGAGCGCUUUGUGCAGUGCAGAGAAAGAAUGUUUAAAAUUUAUAAAGAAAGGGUUUUUAACUGUAGGGGUCAACAAGAAAGCAGUGCUUGGUGUCUCUAUGUGUGUGUGUGUGUGUGUGUAUAUAUAUAUAUAUAUAUAUAUAUAUAUAUAUAUAUAUAUAUAAUGUGUGUACAUGUUUAAUAAUGGAGAUAAGGAUUCAUGCAUGAAAAGGUGAUCAAGUAGACACACGCCCCUCUGUUUUUCUAGCUCAGGGGUGAAGUUCACAUUGAGUGAGUGUGCACCUCCUGAACUGUAACCAUGUGUGGAAAUUGUAAAACAAAUUUUCACUCUGUUAAAUACAGAAAUAAACAUUUAUUAACAAAUAAAAAAAUACAAAUACAAAAAAAUGACAACAAUCACAUUUCAAAACAGCAAAACUUUAAAAUUUUUGGAGGCGCAACAGCAAAAAACAAAACAUUGAAAUAAUGCUGGCUCAACUUUAAAUUCAAUUUCCUUUUUUCUUUGUUUAAUUUUUUUUGCAGAAGAGAUCACUGUGGGUUAUAACUUUGACUGGUACAAGAUUGGAAUCAAAUCUUAAUGGUGGAAUAGUAUUGAAAAUAUGGUGUUUAUUUGAAAAUAAUUGUAAAAUAAACUGUUCAGGUUCUUUUGGAUUAUGACAGUGAACGAAACUGGUUUGGUCAUUUUAUUUAGGUUAGAGCUUCACUAUUGACAGCCUUUUUAAAUAUUUGACUGUUAAACUAAUGACAUAACACUUUAAGGUUCACUUACCUGGGAAAUGUUAUCGAUGGUCAAAAAUUUUUGAAUUACCAAAAUGUUAAACAAAAUAAAAAUUGAUCACAAAAGUAA